AUCAUAUUCGCUCUAACUCUCAGACCUGGGAAAUGAAGUCAUUUCGGUUCUUCCUCCCUCUUCUCUUCUGUUUCGCUUCUUUUUAUGUUGAGGUUGUGAGUAGCAUUGGUACUUCGGAUGGAGCAGAGGAAUGGGGUUAUGUCGAAGUAAGGCCAGGAGCACACAUGUUCUGGUGGCUCUACAGGAGUCCUCAAAGAGUGGACAAUGGCUCGACUCCAUGGCCAACUAUCCUGUGGCUGCAGGGUGGACCUAGUGUGUCCGGAAUUGGGAUUGGCAAUUUCCAAGAGAUCGGGCCGCUGGACACCAACCUCAAGCCUCGCAACUCGACAUGGCUGCAAAAGGCCGAUCUCCUCUUCGUGGAGAAUCCAGUGGGCACAGGGUUCAGCUUCGUGGAGGAGGAGAGCCUGCUGGCGAAGAGCGACUGGGAGGCGGCGGCAGACUUGACUGCGUUUCUGAAGAAACUCUACAACGGGAACGCAGCCAUGCAGCAGAAGAACAGCCCCCUUUUCGUCGUGGCAGAGUCUUACGGCGGCCGGUUUGCGGUGACGACGGCCUUGUCAGUUCUCCACGCCAUCAGAGCUGGAAAACUGAAGCUCAAACUCGGAGGUGUUGCACUGGUGAGUAGCUGGAUAUCACCUGAGGACUACGUGCUCUCAUGGGGGCCUCUGCUCCAAGACAUGUCGAGGCUCGACGCAAAGGAUGCAGAAAAAUCAAACAGUAUGGCUCGAGUAAUCAAAGAAGAGAUUGACAAUGGUGAGCUUGCCAAUGCCACAAACACCUGGCGGGUGCUCAAGUAUUUCAUUUCUGCUGGAAGCAACCGUGUCAGUUUCUACAAUUUCUUGUUGGAUGCCGGGAUGGAACCCAUCACUCAAAUGCUGACGACGAAGACAUAUUCAUCAUACCUGAGCUCCCAAUCCUCUACCUCCGUCGACCUCCCAAGGUUCAUGAACGGUGUGAUCAGGAAGAAGUUGAAGAUCAUUCCAGAGCAUGUAAAGUGGCAGGAGCGGUCUGAUCUCGUCUUCGACUACUUUUCAAAUGGCUUCAUGCAGCCAAGAAUCAAAGAGGUCGACAGGCUUCUUUCCCUAGGAAUCACUGUGGCUAUCUACAACGGACAGGUCGACCUGAUUUGCUCGAAUAAAGGCACACAUGCAUGGGUGCAAAAGCUGAAAUGGAAGGGAUUGAAGAAAUUCACCAACACCCCGCGUAGCCCUCUGUAUUGCAACUCCGAGGAAGCAGGGGUCACCAAGGGCUUCUUCAAGUCCUAUCAGAACCUGCAGUUCUACUGGAUCCUGAGAGCUGGGCACUUCGUUCCAGUAGACCAGCCUUGUGUCGCGCUGCAGAUGAUCGCCAACCUCACGCAAUCUCCUGCUACUUCCUACUUCCGCCUAGAGGAAGAAGAAGAAGAAAAGGAGGAAGAAGAAUAAUGCAGUUGUCGGAGAAGAAUAAAGUGCCUCGUACAAAAAAUACUUUACAAUUCCAAUCAGAUUGAUGCUUUGGAGUGCACUUAAUUAAUUUGUCUGUAUUAUCAAAGAUAAAUAAUCCCUUUCUCAGUUAA